UUUCCCAGGGCAAUUUCUGAUCAUGAGGUUUAAAAAAAAAAAAACAUGAGUGCCCAAACUUGGCUGGAGAGGCCUUUUGAUUUGGCCCACCAGAAAGUUACCAUAACCCCACCCCCUCAUUCACUGACUUAAAACUUAUACUCAUGGGUGACAACAUGGGUUAAUAUUAGGAGGGCAAAUUGUGGCAUUGUCCACCCCCACCCCCGCAUGCGUAAUUAGCAUCUAUAUUUAUACUAUACAACUUUUCACAUUGUUCUCCUCAUAAAUCUGUACUUUAAAGUGUUUAGUAACAAAAUAGGGGGUCAGUUUCCUGGAUGGGCAUUAAGCUUAGUAUUAGGGCCAUGUUUCCUAUUCACUGGGGAAUCUCCAUUCAGCAUGCUGUUUUAUCCAGGACUAGGCUUAAUCCCUGUCUGCGGAAACUUGCCUAUAGUGUAAUGUUAUAAAACAGUUUUAAAUACAGUUUUUUACUUGAGCUAAAACCUUGUUACCUUCUUUAUUUGUACACUGUUUUGUCUUUCUUACCCGCCCAAGACAAAGUUUGAGUGUUCAAGCAUUUUACAUAAAAUGAAAAUUCCACAGAUUUCUCAAAAAGCCUUAGUUUAGUGGUAGAGAUGUAAACCCUUCCAGGUUUUAAUAUGUAGAUGGUAAAAUAGUGGUAAAUCUGAAAAAUAAGUUUUUUUGGGGGAUUGUUUUUCCUCACACAAACAAUGUCCUGUGCCUCUUAAGCAUGAAUGGUUUGAAAAGUAUAUAUAUUUAGUAUAGUAUAUUAAUAUAGUAUAUUUUAAGUAUAUUUUGUAGGGAAAACACUUCUCAAAACUGCUGUAAAACAAUGUAUCAGACAGCAUAUUCAUAUUUUGUGCUCCAUGAAUGAGCUGAAAAAUAAUGACCUGAUGAACAGAGCAUUUCACAUCAAACCACUCUGAAUGACUUUGUUUACAUAUCAACCAUCUAAUUAUAUAGAAAUUUAGAAAAUCGGUGGAAUUUCCCUUUAACAUAUUAAUGACCACAAGAGGGCGUAUCUUGUUCCCAUGGACUAUAACUAAAAUUUAAUCGUCUAUACUGUAGUCAUGAAAAGUGAAAUUACUCAUUAAGUAUAGACUGUAUUCUAUGGUUCAAAGCAAGACGCGCAUGUCAAUUGAAAGGAACUACAUUGCCCAGAAUUCCUGUACUCCGCCUGACCGAGAGCUAGUGCCGCUUUUAUGGAUCAUAUGAAUCUUCAUCUAAAAAUAAAGUUUACUUGCGCAAAAACACAACCGCCUGUGUGGAGUAACAUCCACCGUGUGUGUGGCAAUGCUGCACUGAACCAAAUAUGGAUUUAACUGCAGCCAGACAGACAUUUUAUGGCGAUAUCGGGUUCUGGGCGGACAGGACUCCCGUUCAUGAGGCCGCUUCUUUAGGCCGAGCCCUGCAGCUCAGGCAGCUGCUGGAUAGCGGCGCAUCGGUCAACACAGUGACGGUGGACAACAUCACUCCUCUGCACGACGCCUGCAUUCAGGGCCAUCCGCAGUGUGUGCGCAUGCUGCUGGACGCCGGAGCGCAGGUGGAUGUGCGGAACAUUCAUGGCAGCACCCCGCUCUGCUAUGCUUGUGCAGCGGGUAGUGUGGAGUGUGUGAGGCUGCUUCUGGAUCAUGGAGCUUCGGUCAACCCCUCCCUCACUGCCCUCACAGCCUCCCCACUCCACGAGGCCUGCAUACGAGGUAAUCCAGAGUGUGUGAAGCUGAUGAUAUCGAAGGGAGCCCUGCUGGAGGCCUUUGACAUUUACUUUGGGACGCCGCUGCAUGCAGCUUGUGCUAAAGCACAUCUGGACUGCGCCCUGCUGCUGCUCAAUGCAGGUGCCAAGGUGAACGCCAUAAAGUUCCAUGAGACGGCCCUCCAUCAUGCAGCAAAAGUGGGGCGUCCCGACCUGAUCGAGCUGCUGGUGGAGUUUGGGGGACACGUUAAUGUUACAGAUAACCUUGGACACAAACCCAUAGACUAUACCACUCCUGGCUGUCCAUCACACAUCUGUCUACAGUACUACGAGAGUACUCCUCUGUCUCUGCAGCAGCUGAGCCGUAUUGCAUUGAGAACAGUGCUGGGCACCAGAGCACUGCAGGUUGUGACUAAACUGGACAUAUCACAGCGCAUUAUCAACUACCUCUGCUACAAAUAAUAAAAAUGAACUGUUUUAUGUGUCUUAUUUUCUUGUUAUGGAUCAAGGGUGUGCAGUUUUUCCCGCAAAGGGCCAGUGUGGCUACAGGUUUUCAUUCCAAUCAAGCAGAAGUGCAUCUGGUUCCUCUUGUUUAAUUAGUUGGUCUGAAUCUUCAAACAGCUGAAUAGUUAUGUAAACUGUUCUCCUGCUUGGUUCAAAUGAAAACCUGCAGCCACACCUGUCCUUUUCAGAGAAAAUCAGAGCCUUCUGUGGAAAAAGCUAAACAUCAAGAUAAACUUCCAGUAAAGGUCAGAGAAACACUGGAUUGGAAUGAUUCUAUGAGACAAUAUUGUCACCAGCUGCUAAGUGUCUUACAAUACGGUGCAAAGAAUGGUUUUGUUGCUGUUGUUGUAAUAAAAAUACCAUUUUUCUUUC